AUGACUACUGCACCAGAUCCCAAACAUCCAGACCUUCCCGGUUUAAUCUUUGACUGUCCCCCUUCUAAGCAUCGGACAAGUUCCAUGAGACGCCUGCUUCGUCGCUAUAAUGUUCAAGUAAAUGGAAACGAGAGAAAAGAAGACACACUUCAUAAGCUUGUCGAACUCGAAAAAUCUAUCGGCGAGAGAGAAAAGGAAGCACUUGUGAACUGGUUUGCUGGUGAAGGUACUUAUAGGGCUCUCGCAGCUUUGCUAGGUGAUGCUACGAAGCCACCGAUCACACCGAAAAUUAUUGAUGAACCAGUAGCCAAGAAAACGAAACUCGAGGAAUCCAAUGAUGAUAUCAUCUUCGCCGCAGUCGAUGCGUGUAGGGUUUGUAUGGAGAACCUAACACCGGAAAAGUUCCCACAAACUCGCAUAACUAGCACGUGUGCACACCAUCCAGCGGUCUGUAAUCAAUGCUUGACUAAACACAUCAAUGAUCAAGUUCAAACCAAGGCAUCAAAUCAGAUUUCAUGCCCCGAGUGUCCAGAGAAGAUUUCCGAGGCGGAGAUAAAGAAGUAUGCAUCACCGGAGGUUUUGGAGAGAAAAGGAAGAAGACUAUUAAAUAUAUCUCUUCAGCAUCUCCCAAACUUUACCUUUUGCCUUAGUCCUACUUGCGAAUCAGGUCAAAUACACACACCCGAUCAUCCAAUGAUGACAUGCAGUACAUGUGGUUUCAAGACAUGCUUCAUCCACAAACUACCAUGGCACGAAGAUCUCACAUGCGCAGAAUUCGACCUCUGCAAUCAAGCCAGAGUUCAACAAGAAGCAGCCUCUGAAGCAUGGAUUGCAGAGUAUACAAAACUUUGCCCAAAUCCAGAAUGUGGAAUGAGAAUCCAGAAGAAAACUGGUUGCGAUCAUUUGACUUGUGAGUGUGAUUAUUGCCUCGUCGAGUUUUGCUGGUGUUGUUUUGCCGAUUUCAAAAUGAUAAAGAAACGAGGUAAUGACCAUCAUAAAGAAGACUGUCGGUGGCAUACGAAAAAUGAAAACGGUAUGCCUGGACAUGGUAGAAGCCGUGAAUCUAUUCCUAAGAAGCCCAAGGAACCGAAGAAGUCGAAGAGACCUAUAAAAUCGAAACAUUCCAAAGGAUCGGAUGCGGGACCGGCACCAAAAGAAUCAAAGGAAGUGAAUCUUCAAGAAGAAUCUGAAUCAACGUAUAAUCCGACUAUUCCAGAGGAUUUGAAACAGUCACAUUCACCAGUCAAGCCAUCUGAGGCAGCGGAUGGAAUGCAGGCAUUUCAGUCAAAAGUUUCAGAUGAUGUUAAGCAUUCAUUUGAACCAAAUGUUACAGAAGAUUCGAAGAGACCCAAUCAACCUCAAGAACCAGUUGAGCCUUCCAAACAAACGGAGUCGACAGAAGCAUUAGGACUGAACGUUCCAAAUCCACUAAAACGGCUUCGAGAAGAGUAA